CUGAGAGUCCACACACAGGAAGACACCUGUGCCCAGACAGCAGUGAAGGCCGAGAAGGAGAAAGUCGAGGACCAUUGACAGCCCGAAUCCUGUCCAGGAGCUGCUGCUCUAGCUUCUGCCUCACACCCUCCUCUCGCAGAUUCUGCGGGGGGACCGGCUCCCUGUGCGGAAUCAUGGUCGUACAGGGCAGCACGGACGCCAGGGACAUCAGGGUGGGCGUGCAGCUGGAGCCCUUCCUGCACCAGGUCGGGGGGCACAUGAGCGUGAUGAAGUAUGACGAGCACACCGUGUGCAAGCCCCUCAUCUCCCGGGAGCAGAGGUUCUACGAAUCCCUGCCGCUGGCCAUGAAGCGCUUCACCCCUCAGUACAAAGGCACCGUCACGGUGCACCUCUGGAAAGACAGCAAGGGCCAUCUCAGCCUGGUCGCCAACCCACUGAAAGAGAAUCAGGAGCCCUUCAAGGUCUCUGCGGAGUCGGCGGCGGUGGCCGUCUGGCAGACGCUCCAGCAGACCACCGGUGGCAGUGGCAGCGCCCGCGUCCUCGCGCAGCUGGCACGCUCACCCAAGGAGAGCCCAGCCAAGGCACCCCUGAGGCCCGAGUCCCACCUCAACGCUCAAGUGUCCUCGCUGCUGGAAGACGUUAACGGGAACCAGGUUGAGAAGAAGAGCUUCAACCCGUGGGGCCUGCUCUGCCACCAGGCCCACCUGACCCGCCUGCGCUCCGAGUUCCCCGAGAACAAGCGGCACCGGUUCCUGUUGCUGGAAAACGUGGUGUCGCAGUACACGCACCCCUGCAUCCUGGACCUGAAGAUGGGGACCCGGCAGCACGGGGAUGAUGCGUCCGAGGAGAAGAAGGCCCGUCACAUGAAGAAGUGUGCACAGAGCACCUCGGCCCGCCUGGGCGUGCGCAUCUGCGGCAUGCAGGUUUAUCAAACGGAUAAGAAGCACUUUCUCUGCAAAGACAAGUACUAUGGAAGAAAACUCUCCGUGGAGGGGUUCAGACAAGCCCUCUAUCAGUUCCUGCACAAUGGAACCCACCUCCGCGCGGAGCUGCUGGAGCCCAUCCUGCGCCAGCUCCAGGCCCUCCUCUCGGUCAUUAGGAGCCAGAGCUCGUACCGGUUCUACUCCAGCUCCCUCCUCAUCAUCUAUGACGGGCAGGAGCCAUCAGAAAGAACCUCAGGCAGCCUGCAUCCUCAGGAGGCUCCGCAGGUGGCCCACGGCAGCUCUCCCGGGGGUCUCGCCAAGGUUGACAUCCGCAUGAUCGACUUUGCUCACACGACAUACAAGGGCUCCUGGAAUGAGCACACCACCUACGAUGGACCAGACCCUGGCUAUAUUUUUGGCCUGGAAAAUCUCAUGGGGAUCCUGCAGGAUAUCCAAGAGGGACAAUGAAACUUCUUGGGCUCAUCUGGAUUUUUCUGGGCUACGGAUCUCAAAAAGGGACCUAUUGGUCGCUAGGGUAGUCUAGACACCCCUUAGAUGUCUUCAUAAUAGUCGUAUCUACCCUCAAAGCCAUCUCUAUACAUGGCAGACUAUAUGAACAGCUGUCAAUCAGCUCUGGAGGUGAUUCCACAUACUCUGGCAUCCUGCUCUAAUGCUGGUCAUCAUAGAAGGGACAGUCAGGAUAAAGUGGCAUCCAUUGUGAGUACACCGGAGGGAGCAGCAUGAUGAGUUGAAGGCCAGCACUGCAGUGCGUUCCGGAGUAUUUGCAUCU